AGUACUUUUGUUUUUGUGUUUGCUGGUUUCCUUUUCAGUGCAGUGGUGUUGAACUGCUUGUGUUGGCGACUCACUCGAAAGUUCAUAUGCAGAUGCGUUUUUUUAAUGAAGUAACUACAAACAAACAAAAAAGUUUAUGUAAUGUUGGAAAUUAAUUAAAAAGCGAACUUGAGCAGAAUUCAUUGAACUUUUAUAAAUCUACAUAAAUUGAAAAGUGCAGCGCGCAAAAGGCAUUUAAACGGCGGAAAACCAACAGUGUUUUAUAAAGCCCAUUUCCAAUAAUUUUCCCGCCGAGUCGGGUGUACAAUAUACAUAUUUAUAGAUACCUACUUAUUGAUAAUAGCAAGAAAAAUGAUGUCUAAGAACGCUUUAGUCCUAACGGCACGUUUGCUGCAUCAAGGCCUCCAACAACGGGCCAGCUCAACACUGCAUUCGAAAGCCUCACCGGCUGUGAUGCCAGACAUACAAAGCGAAAUGCCCGAUUCCGACUACCAACCACCAACUUACACGGGUCCAAGUUAUGAGAAAGUCAUGGAGAUACGGCAAAAACAUAUAACACCAAACAUUGUGCCGCAUUUCAAGAAGCCUCUCCUGAUACACAACGGGCACAUGCAAUGGCUGUUCGAUCAUGAAGGUCGCCGCUAUCUGGAUAUGUUUGGCGGUAUUGUUACAGUUUCCGUGGGACAUUGCCAUCCCAAAGUGAACCGUGCCCUUGAGGAACAGAUCAACACACUAUGGCACACGACAAACAUUUACCUACACCCAAAAAUUCACGAAUACGCCGAACGCUUGACAGCCAAAUUUCCCGGCGAACUGAAGGCCGUAUGCUUUGUUAACUCGGGAUCAGAAGCCAAUGAUCUUGCUAUGCUGAUGGCGCGCAUGCACACAGGCAACCAGGAUAUUAUUACAUUCCGUAAUGCCUACCAUGGCAUGUCACCCUACACCAUGGGUCUUACCGCGCUCUCAACCUGGCGUUUUCCGCUGCCCGGCACCAGCAAUGGCAUACAUCACGUUAUGAAUCCUGACCCCUACACAGGCAUUUGGGGUGGCGCGGCAUGUCGUGAUUCGCCCAUACAAACGGAUCGGAAGUGCGACUGCACGCAGGAGACUGGCUGCGUGGCUGGUGCGCGGUAUUAUGAACAGCUGGAGGAAGUUUUCAAAUACUCUCUGCCACGCGGACGUGUGGCCGCCAUGUUUGCGGAGUCCAUACAGGGUGUUGGUGGCACCGUACAAUAUCCGAAGGGAUACAUAAAGAAAGCAGCUGAUUUGGUGCGCGCAAAUGGCGGGUUAUUCGUUGCCGACGAGGUGCAAACUGGUUUCGGCCGCACCGGCGAGCAUUUCUGGGGAUUUGAGGGACACGAAUUCAUACCGGAUAUCGUAACAAUGGCAAAGGGCAUCGGUAAUGGCUUUCCGCUGGCAGCUGUGGUAACUACGCCCAAGAUAGCUGCCUCACUGGGCCAGGCAUUGCAUUUCAACACCUAUGGCGGUAAUCCAAUGGCCAGCGCUGUGGGUAUCUCGGUGUUGGACGUUAUUGAAGAGGAAAAACUGCAGAAGAAUUCUUUGGAAGUGGGCACUUACUUCCUGCACAGUUUGGCGGAGUUGCGUGAACGCUACGAGAUUAUAGGUGACGUGCGCGGUAAGGGCUUAAUGAUUGGUGUGGAAUUGGUAUCAGAUCGCGCAACAAAGACGCCACUUAGCGCGCCACAUGUAAUGGAAAUUUGGGAGACCUGCAAGGAUAUGGGUGUGCUCUUCGGACGUGGCGGUUUAAAUGGCAAUGUGUUCCGUAUUAAGCCACCAAUGUGCAUUUCGAAAAAGGAUGUUAAAUUUGCGGUGGAUACUUUGGCGUGCGCUAUAGCAGAAGUUAUGAAUAAAAAACAGUAGACACCGGUUUUAUUUCUUAACAUGACUGAUAAUAGUUACUUAACACGAAACUAAAUGAUAUUUUUUUACUCGCCUGCCUCAAUUUCCAUUUAAAUUACAAAAUUUGGUUUCGCUUGCAAUCAUGAAAUUUCGAGAAUUGCAUACAAAUGGUGUAUCGUUCCUACUUUACUUGCUUUAUACAACUUUUUGUUGUUGCUUUUGCAACAACCCUACUUUAUACUACCCCGAAGUGCUCCUAAAUAUAGACUAAAGAAUCUACAUAUCGUUACCUUAAUGAAGCAAGGCCCUAAUUGAUUUUCGUUUGAAAUUCAGCUCUGCACAAAAAUCGCUAAAUUACUCACUAAAGCCUAAAUCGGAUUUAAAAUCAACUACUGCAUCAAAAAAUGUGU